CUGUAAAACAGGAAAACACGACGAUUGGAAAACGGGUGGUUGAAAGCUGGCCCUAGAGAAGAAGAGAGAAUUGGAGAUCGAACAGAUCCGGCCUGAUCAUACACAUCCACCACGCCACGAUCGCUCCCCAGUCGUGGCCCAAGAGGAACACCCGGUCAACGCCGAGCGAGUCCAGCAGCCCGACGAGGUCUCUGACGACGUGGAGCACGGUGUACGAUUCAUGUGACGGGGGAGAGUCGGAAUCUCCGUAACCUCGGAGAUCGGGGGCGAUCGCGCGGUAGCCUAAGCCGGCGAAAGAGAGGAGCUGGCGGCGCCAAGAGUACCAGAGAUCGGGGAAGCCGUGGAGGAAGAGGAUCGCUGGACCUGAGCCGAUUGAAGACAAGUGGAGAUGAUUAGGUGAGUGCCUUGUCGGAGCUCUGGAUUGGAGCCAUCAUCCAAGGUGGUUUCCUCGCUUGGAGGGACGACGCGCUCGCAUGGAGGCCGUGGCGUGAGAAGAUCGGAUUGCAUGUUCGAGUUGUGGUUCCGGGAGAUGGAGGCUACCACAGAUCCGUCGUCGCCGGCUUUUCCCCGGGGGGGUGGAGGCUCCUUCAGCUCCGCCGACGCCGGUUCAAGUUCCCGGUGAUGCGCCUCGGAUCAUAGACCCGGGCCAGGAUGAUGCGACCAUGGCUGAGCCAGAUGAUUCUUCAACAAAAGACAAACCAGGAUGGAUUAAUGGUGAGGAUACUGAUCUAAAACCAGCUGAUGAGACUGAGGACGAGCUGGAACCAGCUGAAGAGAGUAUGCUUGAGCUGAAACCAGCUGAAGUGAUAGUAGAUGAGCUAGAUGAGCUGAGUGAGCUAAGUGAUACUAGCUUGGAGCUGAAUGAGCUAAGUGACACUGAAGAUGGAGCUGGUUUAGUUGCUGGGCGAAAUGAGCAUUUUUCAGUCCAAAGAAAAAUUCAUAACAAAUUCAAUUUGGGUCGGUUUUACACCAAAUUCGACCAGACCUUUCCUCAGUCCAUUUCAAGCCCAUUCUCAUCAAGAAUGCCAAGAGGGAGUCAGCAAGGAAGUCUUGGUCGUGCAUGGGAAAAAUAAUUCAACAAAAUCAUUAAUUUCGGUCUUUAGUCAAAGUCUUCAUUUCUAGUUUCCAUGUCUUGUUUUUAGCACAUUCUUCUUUGGAUUUCUACAACUUGUAAUCCUAUAUAUAGGGCCUAAGAGCCACGAAAUAAGAGAAGUUUUUUCCCCUUU